AAAACGCAAAAGUUGUAUUUUUUUUUUUUUUUCCAUCAGAUAUGGCGGCCGAGGAUUCUGCAAACGGGAGUUUUGAUUCCGAUUCAAAGACUAACAAUGAAGCUAAUGAUGUUAGUACUAAUCAUGACAGUUCAAAAGCAUUAGUAAUCCCUUCUCCCGCCGUUUGUCUUGUACGUUUCGCCGGAGAUGCAGCUAGCGGCGCCGUCAUGGGCUCUGUAUUUGGAUAUGGUGGUGGAUUGUUUAAGAAGAAAGGGUUUAAAGGAUCAUUUGUGGAUGCGGGUCAGUCUGCAAAGACUUUUGCGGUUUUGUCUGGAGUACAUAGUUUAGUUGUUUGUCUUCUCAAGAAAAUACGAGGGAAAGAUGAUGCCAUUAAUGUUGGAGUUGCUGGGUGCUGUACUGGUCUUGCUCUUAGUUUCCCCGGUGCACCACAAGCAAUGCUACAGAGCUGUCUCACUUUUGGUGCCUUCUCUUUCAUCCUUGAAGGACUCAACAAAAGGCAAACGGCUUUGGCUCACUCUGUCUCGUUAAGACAUCAAACCAAAAGUCUCCAUCAUGAUUUACCGCUCUCGUUGGCUCUCCCGAUCCCUAAUGAAGUCAAAGGAGCUUUCUCUUCUUUUUGCAACUCCUUAACGAAACCAAAGAAGCUCGAAUUAUUUCCUCGUGCUCGUUGAUUUUUUUUCCUACUUUUUCUUCUUCUGCUUUUUGUUGCAUGAGAGCCAAUGAGAAAAGAGGUGUACCUUUAUUUGUUUUCAUAACAAAGUUUCUAGGACUAAAAGUCUAGAACUAAUUUUGAAAAUGUUAGUUGAAAUUUCGCAGUCUUUAUUAUGUGUCGCCUCUAAAUGGUAGUUGAUCAUUGGCGUUUUAAGCAUUAGAUAUUUUAGAGGGUCUUCUAUUAUGAUUUCAUAUUUUUGUAUGAUAUUAGUAGGUGAACUAAAGUUAAUUUUUGCGUGGUU